GUCACGCGUUCUGGCGCCAUCUUUGCUACCGGUGCUGUCUCGUGCGCGCCGGAGCAACACGCGCUGUUCGUCUCUUCACACAGAAAGAAGACAUUCUCCGCUUAUUAACGCGUUAUACUGCGCUGUUCCCAUCAGCGGGAGUGAGGCCUAGACCUCCUCUGUUCCUGUAGAUCUGCGUCACCGCUGUGUGACAUCAAACCAGCCAAAUGGCCGACAAGAACACCAGAAUUGCUAUCGUGAACCACGACAAGUGCAAGCCCAAGAAAUGUCGUCAAGAGUGCAAGAAGAGCUGUCCGGUGGUGCGCAUGGGUAAGCUGUGUAUCGAGGUCACACCUCAGAGUAAAAUCGUCUGGAUCUCAGAGUCUCUCUGCAUUGGAUGUGGAAUCUGUAUCAAGAAAUGCCCAUUUGGUGCUCUGUCAAUCGUGAACCUGCCAAGCAACCUGGAGAAGGAAACCACACACAGAUACUGUGCCAAUUCCUUCAAACUGCACAGGUUGCCCAUCCCUCGUCCAGGUGAGGUGCUGGGGCUCGUGGGUACUAACGGUAUCGGGAAAUCCACUGCCCUCAAAAUCCUGGCGGGAAAACAGAAACCAAACCUGGGGAGAUUCGAUGUGCCUCCUGACUGGCAGGAGAUCCUUGCAUAUUUCCGUGGCUCCGAGCUGCAGAACUACUUCACCAAGAUCCUGGAAGACGACCUGAAGGCCAUCGUAAAGCCGCAGUAUGUCGAUCAGAUCCCCAAAACCGUUAAGGGGUCAGUAGGCGCCAUCCUGAGCAGGAAGGACGACACCAAGACAGAGGAGCUGGUGUGUGAACAGCUGGAUCUGUUGCACUUGCGUGACCGUAAUGUUGAGGAUCUGUCAGGAGGAGAGCUGCAGAGAUUCGCCUGCGCAGUCGUCUGCAUUCAGAGAGCUGAUAUUUUCAUGUUCGACGAGCCGUCCAGUUAUCUUGAUGUGAGACAGAGGCUGAGAGCUGCCAUCACCAUCCGUUCCCUCAUCUCUCCAGACAGGUACAUCAUUGUGGUGGAGCACGACUUGAGUGUGUUGGAUUACCUGUCAGACUUCAUCUGCUGUCUGUACGGCGUUCCCAGCGCUUACGGUGUGGUGACCAUGCCCUUCAGCGUCCGAGAAGGAAUCAAUAUUUUCCUGGACGGCUACGUGCCGACAGAGAACCUGCGCUUCAGGGAGACGUCUCUGGUGUUUAAAGUGGCGGAGACUGCCGCUGAGGAGGAAGUGAAGAAAAUGUGCCGCUAUCAGUACCCCAAUAUGAAGAAGUGCAUGGGCGAGUUCAUGCUCACCAUCACAGAAGGAGAGUUCACCGACUCUGAGAUCAUGGUCAUGCUGGGAGAGAACGGAACUGGGAAAACCACAUUCAUCAGAAUGCUCGCAGGAGGCCUCAAACCAGACGGAGGAGGUGAGGUGCCCAUCCUGAACGUGAGCUACAAACCACAGAAGAUCAGCCCCAAAUUUAAAGGCAGCGUUCGAGCCCUGCUGCACGAUAAGAUCAGAGACGCGUACACACACCCUCAGUUCGUCACUGAUGUUAUGAAGCCCAUGCAGAUCGAAAGCAUCAUCGACCAGGACGUCCAGAAUCUGUCUGGUGGUGAGCUGCAGCGUGUGGCAUUGGCUCUGUGUUUAGGAAAGCCUGCGGACGUGUAUCUAAUCGACGAGCCGUCAGCGUACCUGGACUCUGAGCAGCGUCUGAUGGCUGCCAGGGUCAUCAAACGAUUCAUCCUUCAUGCCAAGAAGACGGCAUUUGUGGUGGAGCACGACUUCAUCAUGGCCACUUAUCUGGCGGACCGAGUCAUCGUCUUCGACGGAAUUCCAUCCAGAAACACUAACGCCAAUGCUCCACAGAACCUGCUGGCUGGCAUGAACAAGUUUUUAGCGCAGCUGGAGAUAACGUUCAGAAGAGACCCAAACAACUUCAGACCAAGAAUUAACAAACUCAAUUCCAUUAAGGAUGUGGAACAAAAGAAGAGUGGAAACUACUUCUUCCUGGAUGACUGAAGAUCCCAUUUCACAGAAUUCCAGAAAUGUAGCCGCUCAAUAUGUCAUCAGACCAGCAAGCGCUGGCACUGCGGACUUACAUGUUUGACUGAAUUACCAUCACCACUUCAAACAUACAGCUCUGCUCCACUCCUCUCCUCUCGGCCAUUGGUGCAAUUCAACGAAGAGACAAGACGUAUCCUCUGACAUAAAGCCAAGCUUGUGAGGAGAGGACAUUAUUUGAAAAUAAAACCUGGAGAGAUG